CCCAAUCCUUGGAAUUAUUUCCAGGAAACACUUGCAGAAACCAUUCGGAGCACGCUUUCCCUGGCAGUGCACAGGGGGACGGCCGGGAGAUGAGCGCAUCUUUGAAUUACAAGUCUUUUUCCAAAGAGCAGCAGACCAUGGAUAACUUGGAGAAACAACUCAUCUGUCCGAUCUGUUUAGAGAUGUUCACGAAGCCUGUGGUUAUUCUCCCCUGUCAGCAUAACCUGUGUAGGAAAUGUGCCAGUGAUAUUUUCCAGGCCUCUAACCCGUAUUUGCCCACAAGAGGAGGUACCACCGUGGCAUCAGGGGGCCGAUUUCGCUGCCCAUCUUGUAGACAUGAAGUGGUUCUGGACAGACAUGGGAUAUAUGGCCUUCAGAGGAACCUGCUGGUGGAAAAUAUCAUUGACAUCUACAAGCAGGAGUCCACCAGACCAGAAAAGAAGUCCGACCAGCCCAUGUGUGAGGAGCAUGAGGAGGAACGCAUCAACAUCUACUGUCUGAACUGUGAGGUGCCCACCUGCUCUCUGUGCAAGGUCUUCGGAGCACACAAGGAUUGCCAGGUGGCACCCCUAACUCACGUGUUCCAGAGGCAGAAGUCUGAGCUCAGUGAUGGCAUCGCUAUUCUCGUGGGAAGCAAUGACCGAGUCCAGGGAGUGAUCAGUCAGCUGGAGGACACCUGUAAAACUAUUGAGGAAUGCUGCAGAAAACAGAAACAGGAACUCUGUGAAAAGUUUGAUUACCUGUAUGGCAUCCUGGAGGAGAGGAAAAAUGAAAUGACCCAAGUCAUUACACGAACCCAAGAGGAGAAACUGGAACAUGUCCGUGCUCUGAUCAAAAAGUAUUCUGAUCAUUUGGAAAAUGUGUCAAAGUUGGUUGAAUCAGGAAUCCAGUUCAUGGAUGAGCCAGAAAUGGCAGUGUUUCUGCAGAAUGCCAAAACCCUGUUACAAAAAAUUUCUGAAGCAUCGAAGGCAUUUCAGAUGGAGAAAAUAGAACAUGGUUAUGAGAACAUGAACCACUUCACAGUCAACCUCAAUAGAGAAGAAAAAAUCAUCCGCGAAAUUGAUUUUUACAGAGAAGAUGAAGAUGAAGAAGAAGAAGGAGAAGAAGAAGGAGAAGGAGGAGAAGGAGCAGAAGGAGAAGGGGAAGAAGCAGAAGUGGAAGAGGUAGAAAAUGUUCGAACAGAGUCAUCAGGAGAAGAGGAAAGUCCAGAGAAAGCCUUGGAGCCCUCUCAGCUGGCCUCAGAGCUCCAGGCUGCCACAGGGGCACUUCCAGUUUUCUCCCCAGAGCCACCUCCAGCCCUGCCAACCACUGCAGAUGUCCCAGUGACACAGGGGGAGGUUGUGCCCACUGGCUCUCAGCAGACCACAGAGUCUGAAACUCCAGUCCCUGCAGCAACGGACCCUGCGGAUCCCUUGUUUUACCCUAGUUGGUACAAAGGCCAAACCCGGAAAGCCACCACCAACCCACCUUCCACCCCAGGGAGCGAAAGUCUGGGACACAUAGGGCCUCCUGGUUCUGAGGAUUCGAAUGUGCAGAAGGCAGAAGUGGCAGAAGCUGCAGCCAGUGAGAGGGCAGCAGUGAGUGGUAAGGAAACUAGUUCACCUGCAGCUACUUCUCAGAUUGGAUUUGAGGACCCUCCCCUCCAGGUACAGGCCGCAGCUUCAGGGAGUGGGAACGGAGCUGAUUCUGAGCCAGCCCGUCAUGUCUUCUCCUUUUCCUGGUUGAACUCCCUGAGUGAAUGAUGUUCAUUCCAAGUGCUGCCCUUUGUCUGCCUGGCUGAGAUGCACACCAGCAGCAGGGAACCUAGGUGAAAUUAAUAUGAUGCAGGUGAUGAAAG